AUGGAAGCUUUUGAUGAGAGGUUCGAAGCGUUAACUUCGAGAGUGCCAAUUGUUGACGCGCACAACGAUUUCCCGUAUUUGUGCAGAAUACAGCUGCACAACCAGAUCAAUGAGCUUGACUUCAAUUCGCAUCUAACUAGCAUGACUGACCUGCCAAGCCUAAAAAAAGGGCGAAUCGGUAUCCAGUUCUUUAGUGUCUACAUCGAAUGCAAAGACGACGGCGACAUGCUGUAUACGGACUUCAGUAGGCUUAAUAGUGCAGUGCGCGAUACUUUGGAGCAGAUCGACGUCACGAAGAGACUCGUGGCCAAAUACCGUCAAGAUCUGAAGUUUGUUGGCACAAGCAGAGACGCGUUGGAGUCUUUUCAGAAAGACGGCAAAAUAAGCGUGACACUGGGAGUCGAAGGUUUACACCAAUGUGAUUUAUCUCUGGCAGUUGUUAGAAUGUAUUACGAACUUGGUGUCAGAUAUAUUACGCUGACACACAACUGCGACAAUCCGUUUGCCAUGGCAGCAAGUUCGAUUCCAUACAGGGACAAGGACUUCGGGCUAACUUCUUAUGGUGUUGAUUGUGUUAAGGAGAUGAACAGGUUAGGUAUGAUGGUGGACUUGUCUCAUGUUAGUUACCAAACUAUGGUCGAUGUCCUAAAUGUAUCCGAGGCGCCUGUAAUCUUCUCACAUUCAUCAGUAUACAAGCUUACCGCACAUGAAAGAAAUGUGCGAGAUGAUGUCUUGCUUAAGCUCAAAGAGAAUGGUGGGGUCAUAAACAUCAACUUCUGCCCUCUCUUUAUAACUUCCGGCCGCGCAGAUGCUGCCAAUGGUAGUAUGGCUAAUAUACAGGAUGCUGUCGACCAUAUAUCAUACGUGAUUGAUUUGAUCGGGUGGGAUCACGUUGGAUUCGGUUCAGAUUUUGAUGGUAUUCCAAAUAGCCCUCAAGGACUAGAGGACGUGUCCAAGUACCCUGACUUGGUCAAGAUGGUUUGGAAGAAAUACAAUGCUAGUGAAGAACAAAUUUCAAAAUUAAUGGGACUAAAUAUGCUGAGGGUUUGGGCUGAGUGUGAAAAUGUUGCCCGUGAUAAAAGCGGAUUACAGCCAAUAGAGUCCCAAUGGCUGGAUAGAGCGUGGAAAUUCCCAACAUGGGCCCGCGACGACAUGCCAGAACUAUACCCUGGCUCUAAAAAGAUUCAGGAUAAGAUCACUGAGUGGUUAGAUCUCGGGUCACUGGUCAAGCUUGCGGAUGAAAGUUUGGAUCCCAAAAAAUGA